UUGGUCCGGGCUCGCCACAAUUGUGUGUUUACGAUGAUUUAGAAAAAAAGCAAAUUGGCCUCAUUUAGCUAAUAAAACCGUAGAAAAUAGUGUGAAAUAAAAUAAGCCCAAAGUUUCAACACCGAACAAUGGCGAGUCAACAAGCGCUGCAGCAAUCGUUUCGCGUGGUGGUAGAAAACGUGCUGAAUCGCUGGACUGCACUGCGGCUCGCGGUGGAGCAUGGCAUGGGAGGCCCGCUAGGACUAAAUACUGCAAUAGAGCUAAUCGACUACGUAACAUCGUACUGCACUGAGAACAAGAAUGUUGACGCCAUCGAUCUGCGCGAGGUGUUGGAAGAGAUAAUGGAUCAGGAAUUUGAGACUAUUUGUGAAGACGAAUCCACUCAAGAGGUUAGCGCAGUGUUGAUAAAGUACUUGAGAAUGUUGAAGGAAGGCAAGGAGGAAGAAGUGAAGGCCGAACUACACACGAUGGUCCCGUGCGAAAUGUGGAUAGUGAGUGGAGCAAAGAUUAAGUAUCAGCCAAUAGACGACAGCGGUAGCGAAAGUGAGGAAGACACAAACGAUCCAGAGGACAUGGACGUGGAACCGGCAUCGGCCAUGGAUGUAGGUUCGGAGCAGGUGAACCCAAGUACAUGCGGUUCCAGCACAAAGUUUAUUGAGGAGGAGGCCAUCGAUCCUGGAUGGACGCAGGUUCGCGGUCGGCGGCGUCGAUAGUGUAGCGAAAGUUGAACAGCAACAAGGUUAUGUACAUACAUAUU